UGGGCGGCCACAGCUCACGACUUGCUGUGACCACCGCCGCGGAAGCUGCGAGUGGGCAACUGUGUGCCCCCAGGGACAGCCAGUCCGGGCUGCAGCUCCUCCUGGAUGCCAGGGCCAGGGCGCCAGGCGGCAGCCAGCAGGAGGAUGAAGGGCUCGGUGGGAGGAAAGAAAGAAAAGCUACUGGGGGCACCGAAAGCUCAGCCCAGCCAAGAUUUCACUUGUGCACAAGAUGGGGAGAGUGAGGCUGAAUUUUUACCUGAUGACUUUGAAGAAAAACCGGAAAGAGAAAAGAAACACGCGAACUUCACCUUGUGCAGUGUGUGCAACAUCCAGCUGAACUCGACCGCUCAGGCUCAGAUCCACUACAACGGAAAAUCGCAUCAAAAAAGAUUAAAGCAGCUCAGCAAUGGGAUGUUGAAAAACGACAAUGGUGGUACAUGCCAGAGCCCUGCUCUCCCAGCCCUGGUCCGUCCACCAGCGCCCCCUCUGCAACCAUCGCUGGAUAUUAAACCAUUUCUUCCCUUUCCUCUGGACACUGCGGCUGCAGUCAACCUCUUCCCCAAUUUUAACGCGAUGGACCCGAUUCAGAAAGCUGUAAUAAAUCAUACAUUCGGGGUUCCUCUUCCUCAUCGGAGAAAGCAAAUCAUAUCAUGCAACAUUUGCCAGUUGAGAUUUAAUUCCGAUAGCCAGGCUGCGGCCCACUACAAAGGCACGAAACAUGCCAAGAAGCUCAAAGCACUGGAAGCUGUGAAAAAUAAGCAGAAAUCUGUCACUGCCAAGGACAGCGCAAAGACUACCUUCACCUCCAUCACUACCAAUACCAUCAAUACCAGCUCUGACAAAACAGACAGUACCGCAGGGACACCAGCAAUAUCAACAACAACAACUGUGGAAAUUCGAAAAAGCAGUGUUACAACAACUGAGAUCACCUCUAACGUGGAGAAGAGCCCCACGACGGCCACUGGCAAUAGCUCGUGUCCUUCCACGGAGACGGAGGAAGAAAAGGCAAAAAGGCUUCUCUACUGUUCCCUAUGCAAGGUCGCUGUCAACUCCGCCUCACAGCUGGAGGCGCACAACAGUGGUACAAAGCACAAAACUAUGCUAGAAGCCCGGAAUGGAAGUGGGACUAUCAAAGCCUUUCCGAGGGCAGGUGUGAAAGGCAAAGGACCAGUUAAUAAGGGAAACACAGGCCUGCAAAACAAAACAUUUCACUGUGAAAUCUGUGAUGUGCACGUCAACUCCGAAACACAACUUAAACAGCACAUUAGCAGUAGAAGGCACAAAGACAGAGCUGCUGGGAAGCCCCCCAAACCCAAGUACAGUCCUUACAACAAACUCCAGAAGGCAGCACAUCCGCUGGGGGUAAAAUUAGUCUUUUCAAAAGAACCUUCAAAGCCAUUGGCUCCACGAAUUCUACCAAACCCGCUGGCCGCUGCAGCAGCCGCUGCAGCCGUGGCCGUGAACUCCCCCUUCAGUCUCCGAACUGCGCCCGCGGCCACUCUGUUCCAGACGUCCGCACUCCCACCCGCGCUCCUGCGGCCAGCCCCAGGACCCAUGCGGACCGCCCACACUCCUGUGCUGUUUGCUCCUUACUGAAUUCCACGUGGAGUCGUUGUACUGCAAUAAUUUUUCAAAAAACAAAAAACAAAACAAACAAAAGAGAACUAUGCAGUGUUUAUUUAUAGUUUAAAGUAUAUCUGAAGA